AUGGCUGCCGCGCUGAUCAUUGUGGGCCUCCGUGCAGAAGCCAAGCGCAUGCUGCGGCCCUUCAGCUGGGGCGAGGAGUUCCUGAGACUCAACGAGGAAGCCUUCCAAGUCUACAGCGAGGCAAAGAACGCAGCAGCCCUUCGGCGUGCAGAAGCUGCACUUCUCGAGAAGUGGCGAGACGAGGCUGCUGAACGGCGAGCACAAGACCUGGACCUACCUCCAUCCGAAGAGGAAGAAAGUCAGUCCUCAGAAGACGAAGAGGUGGAUGCGGCAGGGAACACCGUGCCCCAGAGCCAGGCGAAGCUAUCUGCACAUGCAACCAGUACAUCGACAGCUCCUACUGACGCCGACAAGGUCUGA